AUGGCGGUCAACCGCAUUCGGGGGGCUUUCGCUCCGCCCAAGAAGGGAGAGACGUUUGAGUUGCGUGCCGGCUUGGUGUCUCAAUAUGCCUAUGAGCGCAAGGAGUCCAUUCAGAAGACGAUCAUGGCUAUGACGCUAGGCAAGGACGUGUCUGCGCUGUUUCCUGAUGUGCUCAAGAACAUUGCAACUGGUGAUCUGGACCAGAAGAAGCUUGUCUACCUUUACCUAAUGAACUACGCAAAAUCGCAUCCCGACCUCUGCAUUCUCGCCGUCAACACGUUCGUCCAAGAUACAGAAGACCCCAACCCAUUGGUUCGCGCUCUCGCCAUUAGAACCAUGGGCUGCAUCCGUGUCGACAAGAUGGUCGAUUAUAUGGAAGAACCCCUGAGAAAGACGCUCCGAGAUGAAUCCCCUUACGUGCGCAAGACGGCCGCCAUUUGUGUUGCAAAGCUCUUUGACCUGAACCCGGCAAUGUGUAUUGAGAAUGGCUUCCUAGAAUCGCUUCAGGAGCUGAUCAGCGACUCCAACCCGAUGGUCGUCGCAAACUCUGUCCAAGCUCUAGCAGAGAUCAGCGAGACGGCGCCGGAGACACGAGCUCUCGUCAUCACCCCUGCGAUAUUGAAGAAGCUGCUGCUUGCGCUUAAUGAGUGUACGGAGUGGGGACGUGUCACCAUUCUGUCGACACUGGCCGACUACCCUACCCAGGACGUCAAGGAGUCGGAGCACAUUUGUGAGAGGGUCACGCCACAGUUCCAGCACGUCAACCCGAGCGUGGUGCUGGCAGCUGUGAAGGUUGUCUUCAUCCACAUGAGAUCGAUCAACCCCGAGACCGUCCGAUCAUACCUGAAGAAGAUGGCCCCACCUCUGGUGACGCUGGUAGCCUCGGCCCCCGAGGUGCAGUACGUUGCGCUGCGCAACAUCGAUCUUUUGCUCCAGGCCAAGCCAGACAUUCUCAGCAAGGAGUUGCGAGUCUUCUUUUGCAAAUACAACGAUCCGCCGUAUGUCAAGCUACAGAAGCUUGAGAUUAUGGUGAGGAUAGCAAACGACAAGAACUUUGACCAGUUGCUGGCCGAGUUGAAGGAGUAUGCUUUGGAAGUCGAUAUGGAUUUCGUCAAGAGGGCCGUCAAGGCGAUCGGCCAGGUGGCCAUCAAGAUUGAAUCUGCCAGCGAAAAGUGCGUCAAUGCGCUUCUGGAUCUGAUUGCCACCAAGGUCAACUAUGUUGUGCAGGAGGUCGUCGUCGUGAUCAAGGACAUUCUGCGCAAGUAUCCUGGCUACGAAGGCGUCAUCCCGACUCUUUGUCAGUACAUCGAUGAGCUAGACGAGCCAACAGCACGUGGCUCGUUGAUCUGGAUUGUUGGAGAGUACGCCGAGAAGAUCAGUAACGCCGAUGAGAUUCUCGCCGGGUUCGUGGAAGUGUUCAUGGAAGAAUUCACUCAGACUCAACUGCAAAUUCUCACUGCGGUGGUGAAGCUCUUCCUCAAGAAGCCCGGGAGCAAUCAGGAAUUGGUACAGAAGGUGCUGCAAUCAGCCACAACAGACAACGACAACCCUGAUAUUCGCGACAGGGCGUACGUUUACUGGCGACUUCUGUCGGGCGAUCUCGAUGUUGCCAAGAGCAUUGUUCUGUCUCACAAGCCGGCGAUUGCCACUACCAUGUCCAGUCUACCUCCUGCGCUGCUCGAACAGCUUCUUUCGGAGCUCUCGACCUUGGCCUCUGUCUAUCACAAGCCGCCCGAGUCGUUCGUUGGCAAGGGACGGUUCGGCGCGGACGAACUCCAGCGUGCGGCCAUCCGUGAACUACGACAAGAUGCGGCGGAGAACCCGAUCGCAGCAUCGGUGGCAGCUGCGGCAGCGGCGGCAACGGAACAGCCCCCACCACAAAACAACAUCGAGAAUCUUCUUGAAAAUUGA